AGCUUCAAGAAAGAGAAAGACAGCUUCAAGAAAGAGAAAGACACCUCUCUCUCUCUCUCAUGGCACUAGAAGGCUACGCCCCGCAGAACCCAGAAAAAGUGUACACCGAUGUCCUGUCGGAAGCUAGACAAGCUUGCUACAAGGCUCGUGACGAAUUCUACGCGUGUUUGGAGAGGGAAUCGAACAAGAAGCCAACCGAAAUCGCCACCGUCGGACUGCUCUACCCCGUGGAAUGCAAGAAAUGCAGGGACAAAUUCGUCAACCAAUGUCGAUCCACUUGGGUGAAGCAUUUUGAUAGGCAGUAUGCGUCGAAGAAGAAGAGGCUUUUGGAUGACAAUGAGUCCAGAAGAGGUCCGUUGUCACUUCCACAGCCUUACACUUUCAAACCCAGUAGUUGAUUCAUUGGUUUAUACGAAUAGACAUGUGGCUGUUGUUGAAAAAUUAUUUCUUGGCUUGGCAUAUUGAUGAAUUCCAAUUGUAAAGUGAAUAAGUUUUGGAUUGAGUUAUUUGGGCUCUACGGCUGAUUUCGUAUAUGGAAAUGUUAGGAUGUGCUUUA